CUCAUCACCGCCCAUAUCAAUUGCAACGAUGUCUGCUAUGGAAGUGGACUCAGCCAAGCCACCACGCUUCCAAGUACGCAAAUGGAACGCCGUAUGCUUAUGGAGUUGGGACAUCGUUGUUGACAAUUGCGCCAUCUGUCGUAAUCACAUCAUGGAUUUGUGCAUCGAAUGCCAAGCACAACAGGGCAGUGCAACAACAGAGGAAUGCACAGUAGCAUGGGGCCAAUGCAAUCACGCUUUCCAUUUCCACUGCAUCUCACGUUGGCUCAAGACUCGUCAAGUAUGUCCAUUGGAUAAUAGAGAAUGGGAAAUGCAAAAGUAUGGUCGAUAGAAGUAUCACAAAACACAAUCAAAGCAUACGCAUUCUUGUAUUCCGAUAUCAUCACGUUCCAUCUGUAUACUUCUACCUUCAAGCUUAAUCGAUCCAUUUUUGUCAAGAUCAGUGUUUGCACAACCGCCACAUCUUUUACCGCAUUCGCAAAACGCAGUUUUAGAUCUCAAAAUGAUGCACAUCCUCGUACGCCGUGAUGCAGAGAAAAUCCUUAUAGGGCGUAACGAUCAUGAUCUUACACUGCAUUCAUAGCUCUGACGAUUUUUGUAUGGCGAUGCUUUCAACUUAUGUCCAAGCAUUGAUUCUUGGUCACGCCCCCAUCGACACAGGAAGGCAGUAUGCGCCUCUUUGCAUGCCACUUAAUACGCAU